UCCCUCGGCAGUAGGCGGGAAGCGGCGCCGGCCAUGGGUGACAUCCACGAGGUGCCGCGGCCGCGCAUCGCCACGGGGCAGCUGGCUCAGCACAUCGGGCAGCCCGUCUGCUUCGUGGGGCGCGUCGAGAAGAUUCAUCCUAGCGGGAAGCUUGUCGUGCUGACGGAUGGACUCGGAAAGCAUACGACUGUGGAGCUGAGCGAGCCUCUGGAUGAGGAGAUUUCAGGAGUUAUUGAAGUGGUGGGAAGAGUAACGAAUCAGGCAACCAUCAUGUGUGCAUCAUAUGUCCAGUUCAGAGAAGAUAAAAGUUCAUUUGAUCUGGAACUCUACAAUGAAGCACUAAAAAUUAUUCAUGAAUUCCCUGAAUACUUCCCAUUUGGUACUGGAAUGAAAACUUGAUUUUAUUAGCAUAUAUUUAGACCUUCAGAGGAGACAACAGUACUGUGGUUUCUCGCCUGACAGCAUGGUAACAGUUGCAUUUAUUUUCAACAAAUAUACUGAAAAGACACUGUUACAUGUGCUAAGUAUUGCUUAUGAAGAGUAUUUUCUUUGAAAAUGUAUUUAUUCAACAAGGAGAACAAAUGUGAACGUCUCACUCACUGCAUAUAUUUUAACCCUUUUGCAUCAAUGAGGAGUGUUCUCCUCAAGACUAGACUUGUCAGAAAUUGCAUAAGCAUCCUUUUCUAGUUGUUAGAGGUUCUAGGAUUACAGGAAACUUGUGUGGAAAAAAUUUGGUGGGGUUUCAAUAUGAACAUUUUUGAUUUAAUUUGCUUUGAUAGAAAUUUAUUGAAUGGGGGUAUUUUGGAUCUUGAAAAUGGUGUCCUCACCAAUAAAAAAGAUUGACUCCAUUUAACCAUUUGUGUCAGCAUUAACGAGUGCUAUUUUCAGUGAUAAGUGGCAACUCCUGUUCAUUUUACCUGACACAGAUACAUUUAACAAAGUGGAGUGCAAGAUUCUUUAGCACUGAUGCUAAACACUUGGAAGAUGUCUACUUAGGCUUAGGAAUUUCAAGCACAGUUGCAGUCCCAUCACAGCCUUCAUUAUUGUUUGGAGUCAAAGCAGCAGUACCAGGAUUCAGCCAGCUUGUCAUGGUGAUUAACCAUAGGAACUUGCAACAGUCCCCAAUUUUGUUACUUAUCCAAGCUACUUACAACAUUUAGUAAAUUUUUUCUAUCACUUGAGUAUCACUUUUUUUAUCACUCUUUGUAUCACAUUUAAAGUAAAAUUGAACUUUGGAAAUAUUUGCUGUGAAUUAAUGAAGUAUUUCAAAGUAUUUUAAGUAAACCAUAGCCAUGUUUAUUAAACUUUUGUACAAACAGGUUUCAGGUUUAGUAGUUAGAUUUAGUGCCUUAAUAAGACUGCCAGCUUUGUGCUUAUUUACAGACAUCUCUUUUUUCAGCCAAGGAAUAUGUUUCAAAAACUUAUAAACUCACUACACACUGGAGGGAUGAUCAAGGUAACAAGAGUAACUAUUUUUUUUCUCCCUCCCCACCUCGAGCAUAGAUAGUGACAGUUACUCUCACUGGGAAGGAGGUCUUCUGAAGCAGAAACAGUCUUGUACAGCAAACAGAACACAGGGUCCAUGUGGCACAACACCAUGCCCUGUCUAUCACCUCUAUUUUAAAAGUGCUCAGUAGAACAAAAUGUCAUUCUUAAUAAAUGCAUGCAUGUUUUCCUAGCAUUUAAAACCAUUUUGUUCUAGUCUGCUUUUAAAAAAUGGU